AGUCGUCAGCCUCCAAAGCAACCGCUAAUAUAUCUCAUUCAGGGUGCCUCAUCCCGCGAACUCUUGCUCGAAGCAUGCCGCCGCAACAACACCGAUCUCCUUUCUUCAGUUUUGUCAGAGUUCCAGUCUUCCGACGAACUUGCCAACUUCCNNCUCAACACGGCGACUGACGCUCUGGGCUGUGGUGCCUUGCACAUUGGUGCACAGUAUGGUGCCUACGAGGUUCUGGAUAUGUUGCUGGAUCAAGAGGGUGUGGAGAUUGAUGGAGUAGAGAAGAGAGAGGGAGACACGUGUUUGCACAAGGCUGUGAGAUAUGUCAACAGCUUGAGUAAGGAUGAGUGGGAGGAAGGUCAGGCUAUUGUCGAUAUCUUGAUCGAUGCUGGUUGCGACCCAAGGNUAUGUGGUACAAAAGUGUCAUUGCUACGCAACAAGGCCAAGCUGCGCCCUAUUGACCUUACCGAUCCGCGCAACACCGAGCUCAGGAGUCUUUUGCAANAGGCAGAGUUCACCAUGCUGGCUGGUGAUGACGUUGUACAAGAAGACGAUGACGAUGCUGGUGCUGGUAGUGCCAGCGAUAGCGAC